CUCACUUUGUCUCUCUGUCUCUCUCUCUCAAAUAAACACUAAAAAAAAAAUUUUUUUAAUAGUGAAGACAUUGCCUUCCGAGUGUCAUAUAGGACUUUUUCUCAGCUCUUCUACCCUUGACAUUGGUCUCAGUGGAUAGACAUCUAGCCUUUGCUUAUGCUGGUCGCUCCGCCCAGAGCGCCUGCUCACUUCUCCACCUGCUAACAGCUUUUGCACUCGGCAGACACUUACUGAGCAUCUAGUCUGUGCCAGGUCUGGUCCUGCCCCUGGGGGUACAAAGUUGAGUAAGGCAGGGAACUGCUAGGAACUCCAUGCCUUAACCGGAGUCACAUGUGAACAGUUUUCCCACAGGGCGCCCAUAAGUGGGGUUACAGACGCGGAGGGAGCUCAGGGGAGGAGUGUGUUUCAUUCUCUGCUAGUGCUUCUUGCUCGGUGCCGUCAGGACUUGAUUUGAGCCCUCUUUUUUUCUUUUCUUUUUUUCUUGUUUUCCCAACCCGCCCCUCCCCGUUGUCCACGUCCUCCUAAACAGCGCGCUCAGAGUGGUGCGUCAUGUGUGUGUCCCACAUCCCGACGGGUUCCUGAGAGGCGUGGAGACAAGGCCAGCCUGUGGCUCAUCCUUGUGUACCCUCUCCUCCCUGUCACAGUGCUUUGCACGUUUUAGAUUUAUUGAUUGAUAAAUAAAUUGUUCCAGAAGGAUUUGUUCCAGGAAGGGCUUGGAACAGCUUAUCAAGAUACGCGUGGUACCCACCAUGUGAUUAGAUAUAACAUAACUGAAGAGUCCAGGGUGGGACCAAGUGUGGGAGAGGAAAGGAUGAAACGAGAGGUGGGUUAGUGAUCACAAGACACGUCAGACAUUCCGCCGUCUGCCAGAGGAGAUCCGUAGACUUGGUUCGCAACUCCUUCCGGCUCAUGUAAACAGGGAGGCAGUCGUUUCUGUGCCUUAUGGAAUGGACAUAAAAUGGAACCACCAACAACGCCAAAAAACCUUGUAAUGGUACACGAGGACCAAGACAUCUCUCUUCUGGGACCCCACCACAAGGGCACUGGGUGAUGUUCUGCAGUAAUCUCUACGUUGAGUAGCCUCAUGAUUUCCAUGUAACUGUUCCAGAGAACGUUCUGUAGUACAGGUAUGGUCGGCCGCUUCCGCACAGAGCCACCUCGCCAAACACCGGCUACCCGUCUAACCAGCCAGGAGCCCCCGGCACCUUUCCUGUAGAACGGUGUUCCUUAACCUUUUAAAACUCAUGGCCUCUUUUAAGAAACAUAAAAUCUCUUCCCUCUUCUCCAUUCUGGCCAACUCCCCCCUCAGGUCUGUUAUAUGCAACCUCCAUCCUCUCCAGCAAAGAAUAUUUUCUCUUGCUUUUUCUCGUUUUUGUUGUAAAGACAAGACUGACUUCCUUCUCAUAUGCUGUUACGUUAUAUUGAAUAUGACUCUCAUAUACAGUUAUAUUAUAUUGAAUAUGUAUACAUAUCAUAUGUGGAGGGAGAGAAUAUGAUUUUUAAACUAUAAAUCCCUAUUCUACGAAUCUUAGGAGUUUCUGGAAUGGUACCUACUCUUGGUUAAGAGUCAUUUCCCUUUCCUUUAAUUGGCCAGUUAAUUUAGAUUGAUAAGCUGGAUUCCAGCUUUAAAUCAAGGAGUCUAGUUAAGAGAGUUCGUACUCUGGAUUUGUGUCAGGCGGGCAACUAAAUCCCUGGCAUGAGACUUAGCCUGACAACUUAUUUAAGCGAAAAAAGAGAAAUCGCUCUAGAACUUGUCUCUUGGAAUGGGCCAAAAGCUGAGGUCAAUAUGCUAGCCUUUUUAGUCGACCAGACGGCUUGCAGUGUAACAGGCAUUUUGCUGACUGUGGUGUCAACACACUUUUAAAGGCUACCCAGGGAUCCCUCCCUCCCCUGUAAUGGGCUUCAGAUGUGAGGCAGGCUCUGCUUUUCCCAGGACCCAGCUAAUAAGACAGGGUACUUAGAGUCUGCCAUGUGCUCUGCUAAGUGCUUUUGAAUCUGUGACAGAUUUUUAUUUUCUCUCAUUCAGUCUUCAGAAUAAACUUGCAUUUUACAUAAGAGAAACCAGAAGUUAAGAGACCUGCCUGUUGCUGUUUUCAUGUCACGCUGUUAGGCGUCAUCACCCUGUCCUUGUACCUCUGUCUUAUCUGAUGAGACCCUUUCAUUUGGAAUAGAUCCCACGCCUACAGGGCUCUUGGGAAUUCUUCAGAGGCUCUAGGCUGUCCUGUGGGCUUGCUCAGAUGAGCGAAUCGCUUAGAAAUAGUGAGGCGCUCUGGACCUUAAGGGGUAUUUAUUUCAGUUACUGAAAUGUCCCCUGAAGUACAUGGUGGUUCCACCCAGGUAACAUGAGUGCUGGGCCUGGGGCCGCCCCCUCUCUCGGGUUUUCGGGACGUCCCUGAGCAGCAGCUGCGUUGCCCCCUUAGCCACCGUUGGGAUUGCCCUCACUUUGUCAGAUGGAGGGAUUUUCUCUUUUUCUGAAUAUUGCCUUUAAAAACCACUUUGUGUUUUGGCAGUUUCGGUUUCUGCAGUAUUUCCUUACUAACGGUUAGUGUUCUGAUUUUGUAGCUAAUCUUUAUGUGCUCCCUCUGGCUGAGAAAUUGUAUCCUCCAUCCCUGAGUCUCCUCUCCUCUCUUAAGGAUUCUGCCGUUUCCCUGAUUCUACACGGCUUUCCUGAGCACGACCUGAGAUACAGCUCAGUGUGCUUCUCUUCAGCCUCCCGGCCCACACGGGCACAGAUCUGUGCUCAAGAGUGUGCCACCAGUGCUCCUACAGCGUCCUUUUCUGAGCAGCUCUGGGUUUACUGUCCUUCCUUUUCACCAGACUCGUGUGUGUCUAAGUUUCUGCUUUUCCCUUCCCCCGUUGUCCUCUGCACCUUUCACGUGUGUGAAGUCCACUCUGGUUUUCUCCAUUUGUUUAUUAGUUUCUGUGUGACUAACUCGCUUUGUCCUUGCGUUAACCCAUCUAUAAAAUGGGCGUCAUACCAAUCUUUACUACGUCAAAAUAGUGUCAGUGAUCAAAGGAACGUGCGUGUAAGUACUUUGGGAAAACAACAACAGAAAAGAUGCAGUUGUGAAAAGAUGUAACUUGUAAUUGAUCCUAAUUUAAUGAAAAUAUAGCAAAGAAUAAUACAUGUGUCCUUUAUUCAAAGCCAUCUUUGAUUAAAAACCAUGGUGCAGUUUAAAUGUUUCAUCAGCAUUGGUUAUAAGAGGAUUUGCCGUGUAUCGUUCACCCCUCAAUCAUCUUUUGGAUUGUCCUGUGAAUCUUCUCUGCGCCUUCGGAUAUCCUUGAGUGUUGUAGAAACCUGGGAAGGGCCAAGUGUGAGCACCGAAGAGCUUCUCCACGAGCCUCCAGAUGAUUCACUGUCCGUCUUCCCAGUGGGAUGGCAGCCCUUAGACUUCCCUUGCCAUCACAGUAGACUUGGGGAACAGGCAGCGGGCACUCGAGGUCCUCGUUCUAAACUCAGAGCCUAGCACGCUCACUGGGGCAUCGAGCUUGGAAUUGUGGUCUUGGGCAAGCCACCCCCUCUGCUUGCCUAGUGCUGCUCAUCCCUGGGACAGUGUUUUAUGGCUGGCGGUGGGGCUCUACCCUGCUUCUUUCUGCAGGGUUCUCAGGCCCCCGUGCUUGCUGUGCUAGCCUGACAGAUAAAAUGAUCCCCCUGGGGACAGUCUUGUAGCUGUGGACCCAUGCUGUGACAGAGGAGGCUUGUCUGGAGUGUAAACGAACCUGUCAGAGCAGAACCCACGGUCCCAGGGUCACCUUUAGAAGCGAGGGCAAACUCUGAAUUCAGUGCCUGCUCCCUUUCUCCCCUGAGAAAUCCAAACCAGCUUUGAGAUGGUUACACUUUGAUGGUAAAAUGGGAGUGGGUGUGGCUUAGGGAAAUAGCAUCUGCCCGCAUGACUUUGGGGGCCUGACAGAGUGAUCCAAGCGGACCCGAAGUCUGAUUCUGGUGUGACGUCUGGGCGAGUGACUCAACCUCUGAGCCUGUUUCCAGUUAUAAAAUGAGAGAUAAACCUACCAAAUAAGGUUCCAAAUAAGGUUCCUCGUGUGUGUUCCCACUAAUUUCUACAUCCGUGGGCCAGAGGAGAGGGAGGGGGUCACAGAGGGAGUUGUGAUGGGAAGGUGAUAAGAGCUAUAUCUGUACACCACAGCUAAACAGUGACAAGAAUGCAGAGAGGUGUAAAUGCCAGGGUGGGGGGUGAGAAGCAAGGAGAUUGGGGGGAAAAGCCAGGGCCAGAAAUGGAGUGUCCCUGUCCUGUAUGUCAUGCUCCUGGGAAUUCAGCAUGACAACCAGCCUCUCAUAUACACUUCCCGUUUAGGAUGGUGAUCCAUAGAGUUAGCAGCCCGUGCUGCGCUGGAUACGUGUGAGAUUAAUAAUACGGAGCAGCAUUACUGAGCCACACUGGGGCGUAGGUUCUGUCACAGCCACACUGUGCAGUGUUUCAGGGAAGAGCCCAGAACCCCGGGUUGGUCUGCACUCACGCUCCCCCAUCAUUCACUCCUUUGGUGCUCUGUUUCUCCAAUGAGACGGUAAACUCCCUUGGCAGCUGGGAAUUACCCUCUGUCUCCCUACUGUGCCUACCUUGAUGCUCCCGAACAUUGGUGUUUAGUGAACGUUUAAGCAAAAAUAAAAGUAUUAUUCUGGAGCACAGUGUCUUACUCAUUAAGUGAUGCCACUGACCCAAAGUUCUUUCCAAGACAGGUGUGGACUUGGGAGGAGGAGAGUGCUGGCUGUGAGAGGGCCGUCUGCAGGACUGCUGCUUCCUGCCACAACGUGACUGUGCUAAGAAAUGUAAAAUUAUUAAAAACGGGGCAACGUGGUUAUUACUAUUUUACAGCCGAAGAAAGUGAGCUUCAACGAGGUCACACGGUUUGCAUAUGAACUCUUGGUCUGGUGCUCUUUCUACUUCCCUGACCCAGAGAUCCGCUUUCGGCCGAAGUGAUAGGCUGGUCGCCCCCCAAGUAGAGCGUCCGUUCCUGGGGCGAGGGGUGUUCACUAUCCCCCCAUCCAUUGCUCUGCAUUGCCCACCCCAGCACCUGCUGUGGUUUCGACAUCACCUCUGGUGAGCUGGCGGUGAGAGGGCCGAGAGUAGGGUGAACACGGGUCGUAUUCCCGAAGAGGGAAGGGCUGGCAGGCAUUUUAUGGCUCGCCUGGUGCCCGGGACUUUGCUGGGCACUGCAGCGCCAGUGUCCUCGCCCCCACUUCUAGCCUUAUAAAUGAGAGACUCCAAGAAGUAACCACUCGUGGCCCGAAAGCCAGUGGGAGACGCGAGGGGGCGGCCAGGGGAACGGGCUUCGCCCCGCCCCCCCUCCCCGUAGUGGGGGGUCCUCUGCCUGAAGAUAGUGGGCUUGGGCGCCCGCCCUGCGGACGCGGUACCCAGGCGGUGGCCGAAGCGACGGGCGCGGCGCCUCGCAUCUUGCGGGGGCGGGGCGGCCGCGAGCGCGCCAGGGGCGGGUUCCUCGGAGCAGGCUCCGCCCCCCGAGGAGCGCGGGUUUAAAAGGAGGGAAGGCUGGGGCCCCGGCCGUAGUGGCUGCGAAGCGCGCCGGGGCGGAGGCUCGGCGAGGGCACAGCCAUGACCCUGCGGGCGGGGGGCGCUCGGCUGCUAGGCGGCCUCCUGCUCUUCGCUCUGCUCGCUGCGGGCGCCGCGCCGCUCAGCUGGGAUUCUCCGGAGCCCCGCAGCAGGGCCAGCAAGAUCCGAGUGCACCCGCGGGGCAACCUCUGGGCCACCGGUCACUUCAUGGGCAAGAAGAGUCUGGAAACCCCCAGCCCAUUCCUCUUGGGAACAGCUCCCCACAUCUCCCUGAGGGACCAGAGACGGCAGCUGAGUCACGAUCUGCCCAGGAUCCUCCUGCUAAAGAAAGUUCUGGGCGUGAGCCUUAGCAGCCCAGCACCUCACCCCCAGGAGGCUGCUGGUGCAAGUGGUGCAGAAGUGACACCAUUAAUGAGGAAGAUACGACGACGUGGCUUGGACCGUGCCCUCCCAGGGGAGGAGCUGAACGGGACCCUGGCAGUGGCCCCAUCUGGACGUAAAACCUGGCCUCAAAUCUCUGUGACUCCAUUAGUGUGAUUUCUGGUUGUGUCGCCAGGAAUAUUGCCAAUGCAGACACAAAUUAUGUCCCUGCUGUGUUUCUUGCUUCCCUGUUGAAGUUGUGAAUAAAACCCAGCUCUUUAUGAAGCAUG